UGCUCUCUCGCUUGUUUUUCUUUUUUUACUUCUUCUUCUUCCUUUACUCUCUUUCAGUUGAGGAGGAAGAGGAAGAUGAAGAGAUGCUGGAGGCAAAGCCGGGCCCGGAGGCCGAGCUGCGGGAUGAAGAUGACAACAAGGAGAGCAAAGAUGGUUCUUUUCCUGUUCUGCGGGAACUGACGGAAGAGGAAAGGCAACAGAUCCUGCACUUGUCAGAGUUUCAGAGUUUUUUCGACUGUAGCAUCCGGGUGAUGGAAAGAGCGCUCGCUGAGGACAGUGACAUCUUAUUCGACUACAGCGGCCGUGACCUUGAGGACAAAGAGGGAGACUUGGGAAGUGGCUCUAGUCUGUCCUUCUGCAGACUAUUCUACGAUGAGCACUGGUCCAAACAUCGUGUUAUUACCUGCCUCGACUGGUCCCCUCAGUAUCCUGAAUUACUGGUUGCGUCCUACAAUAACAAUGAAGAUGCUCCCCACGAACCGGAUGGCGUUGCCCUGGUGUGGAACAUCAAGUUUAAGAAGGCUACACCAGAGUACAUCUUUCACUGUCAGUCUCCGGUCGUAUCCGUCGGUUUUGCUAAGUUUCAUCCGAACUUGGUGGUAGGAGGAACUUACUCGGGACAGAUUGUUCUGUGGGACAACCGGAGUCACCGCCGGACCCCGGUGCAGAGGACUCCCCUCUCUGCUGCAGCACACACUCACCCGGUAUACUGCGUGAACGUGGUCGGCACCCAGAAUGCCAACAACCUGAUCACCGUGUCUACGGACGGGAGGAUGUGUUCGUGGAGCCUCGACAUGCUCUCUCAGCCUCAGGAGACCAUGGAACUCGUGUACAACAAAUCCAAACCCGUGGCGGUGACGGGUAUGGCUUUCCCCACGGGGGAUGUCAACAACUAUGUGGUGGGGAGCGAGGAAGGCACCGUGUAUACCGCAUCCAGACAUGGCAGUAAAGCGGGCAUCUGUGAAAUGUUCGAGGGCCACCAGGGGCCGGUUACGGGAAUCAGCUGUCACAGUGCAGUGGGCACUGUAGACUUCUCCCACCUCUUUAUUACAUCUUCCUUCGACUGGACCGUCAAACUCUGGAGCACCAAGCACAACAAACCGCUGUACUCUUUUGAGGACAAUGCCGACUAUGUGUAUGACGUCAUGUGGUCGCCCGUGCAUCCUGCCAUGUUCGCCGCCGUGGACGGCAUGGGCCGCCUGGACCUGUGGAACCUCAACAACGACACCGAGGUGCCAACUGCCAGUGUGACCAUUGAGGGAGCUUCGGCUCUGAACAGGGUUCGCUGGUCGUCGGGAGGGAAGGAGGUGGCCGUGGGCGACUCAGAGGGCAGAGUUUGGAUCUACGAUGCAGGAGAGGUACAUAGAACAACCAUGGAGAGGUUCUGCUGCUGGGGCACAAAAUAGUCCUGCUGAGGUUUUCCUUUGCUGUUGUGAACAAAAAGUACAUCCUGAAAAUUUUCCACUUUUGGUUAAAUACAUU